AGAGUGCAGAGAAAGAAGCAACCAUGGCUGCAACAACUCCUCUUGUUAUGGAGUCAGAUGAGGAGUUAGGAAGAAAAGGAGUUUAUGGGUUUUUGAGUAAAUUUAUAGAUGUGAAGGAGGCUAAGACUCAGCUGCUGUUAUCAGUUCCAAUGAUCCUCACGAACAUGUCAUAUUAUGCUGUUACCCUUGCAUCUGUCAUGUUUGCUGGUCAUCUUGGUGAUCUUGAGCUCGCUGGAGCUACUCUGGGAAAUUCUUGGGGAACUGUCACUGGAAUUGCCCUCAUGACUGGCUUGAGUGGAGCCCUUGAGACUCUAUGUGGUCAAGGAUACGGCGCAAAACAAUACAGAAUGCUAGGAAUAUAUUUACAAUCAUCGAUCAUCAUAACUACAUUCUUCUCAAUCCUGAUCUCCUUCUCAUGGUAUUUCUCAGAACCUGUACUAAUUUGGCUGCAUCAAGAUCCCGAUGUAGCGAAAAUGGCUUGUAUCUAUUUGAGAUUUCUGAUACCGGGACUAUUCGCAUACGCGUAUCUCCAAUGCGUGCUGAGAUUUCUUCAAACUCAGUCGGUGGUGAUUCCGUUGGUUUUUUUCUCUGUACUUCCUCUAGUUUUCGAUGUGGGGCUGACUUAUUUGUUGGUACAUACUUUGGGCUUCGGUUUUAUGGGAGCAUCAUUGGGUGGCUCGAUAUCACUGUGGAUCUCGGUACUUAUGUUGGCGAUAUAUGUCAAUUGUUCGGAGAAAUUUAGAUACACUUGGGAAGGAUUAUCGAUGGAAUCAUUCCAACACGUGUUUCCUAGUUUGAAGCUGGCUAUACCCUCUGCAGUGAUGGUUUUUUUGGAAUAUUGUGCUUUCGAGAUUUUGGUGUUGCUGGCUGGCCUGAUGCCGAACUCUGAGAACAGUACUUCACUUAUUGCUAUGUGUGUCAAUACGGAAGCCAUUUCAUUUAUGAUCACAUAUGGAUUCAGUGCAGCAGUGAGCACUCGUGUAUCAAAUGAGAUGGGUGCUGGAAACACCAGGAAAGCAAAAAAUGCUGUAUCUGUGACACUAAAGCUCUCUUGCUUUCUUGCCUUCUCUGUUCUUCUUUUAUUAGCAUUUGGUCACAAUCUUUGGGCCAGGUUUUUUACUUUCAACCCCUCAAUCGUUCAAGAAUUUGCUUCUAUGACUCCCUUGCUCGCAGCGUCUAUAUUGUUGGACUCAGCACAGGGAGUUCUAUCAGGAGUGGCUAGAGGAUGUGGUUGGCAACACUUAGCAGCCUGGACCAAUUUUGUGGCAUUUUAUCUCAUUGGCGUGCCAUUAGCGCUUCUCUUUGGAUUUAAGCUUGGGGUUCACGAUAAGGGAUUAUGGCUAGGUCUAAUCUGUGGCCUCUUUUGUCAAGCGACCACUCUGCUAAUUAUCACUAUUCGUUCCAAGUGGACUAAGUUGGAUUUAGUAGCUCGGUAUGAACGCUUGCUUGUUUAGUUGGACUAUAUAUUAUAAGAGAACAUCAUAUGGAGAUCUAGUUAUAGAAGGUAUUAUCGGUACUGAUGGUAAAAUAAUUUUUUGCAUGCAAACAGUUGA